UGGACCGCGGCGUGUGUGCGCCUUCACAGCAAGGCACGCCGCUCGGUGUGCCCGCCAGGGUAUAAAUUCAUGACGGAAUCUGUGGAAAUAUUGAUUUAAUCUAACAGGCUACUAAUAACACUUUGAACUAAUUAGAAACCUCCCUGUACCAGAAGCCACUAGAAGAUUGAAGCGUCACAUUUCUUGGCGGAGAGCAGGACAAGAACAGCCACACUAGCUGGUCCAAUCUCUAAACAGACCUAACAAGCACAGUCAUAUCCAUCCAUCACCUGAGUAGGUCACGGGACUACAAUGAACAUUCAGUCUUCCAUCAACAAAGAGGUCUUCAUCCCCCGUGAUGAGCGGAUGCUGGUGGCAGUGGAGGUGAAGAGGAGGCAAAGGAAGCGGAUGUCCUUCCUGCCCACUGGAGCCAAAGGAAACUACGCUACAUUCAUCUGUGUUUCAGUGACCAACACAAGGCCACAUCAGCUCUUCAUUACAAAGGUGAAGCAGUUUGGUGGCUCUUCCACCUUCACCAGGAGGUCCCAGUGGACAGUGGAGCAACUCCGACAGGUCAACGGCAUUAACCCCAACAAGGACAGCCCAGAAUUCGACCUGGUGUUUGACAAUACUGUGGAUCAGUGGGUGGCCAGCUCCGCAGCAGAGAAGUGUAUAUUUGUCCAGAUUCUGUACCAUGCCUGCCAGACCUACUGGGAGGGGAAGGCAGGGAGUCUGGGCAAGGCUGGGAAACUGGGCAAAGUUAGCAAUCAGAGGAGAGUGAGCCAGGGCGCUCAUCAUGAGGUCAGAGCUGGGCCCAGUGACUCACCCGCCUCUGCAUCCAGAACCCUGCAGGCCCGACGGAAGAGCUACAUUCCGCCCAAACAGGCAGAGUUCAUCAACUGCCAGUCCAAACUCACAGGAGAUGCCUGCACCAUGAAUUUGGUCAUCUACCGCUGCAAAGCCUUCUUGAAUCGUGUGAAGAAUAUGAUGGUUGCAAACCAAAGUCAUUCACACAGUCGAGGUCAGCCUGGGCAGCGUGUCAGAGGGAGCACUAUGGGUAAUGUAGUUCACAGAGUGAAUGUUGCUCUUGGGGAGCGUGGUGACAGAUUAACUCGUGCUGAGGACAAGACUGUGGAGCUGAUGCACAAAGCCCAGCAGUUUGCAGACACUGCUCACAAGCUGGCCCUGAAGUAUUCAAAGUAGAGCCUGCUGGAGGAUGGAUGGAGUCCUUCAGGAAGAUAAAGAGGAAUCACUAACACUGUCUGAGGCAGUCUGAGCCCAGCAGAUGCAGCUAACUCCUCAUGAAAACCUGUCUGUGAGAAGACAACUGGAGAAGAGAAAGUCCCACUAAACUGUUUCUUUCAUAACCUCAGGAGAACCGGCUAAAUACUUUGCCUUUGUGAUUUAAAUUUUUGCUUUUCCUGGUGGAGACAGCUCGUUCCCAUGGUCUGGGGAUCAUCUGCACUGUGUUCAGUUUUGAUGUCCUGCCUGCUGUCAGAUGAAUCUCCUGUAUUUUAAGAGAAAAAGAAAGCUGGACUUGUAGAUUUAAGCUGCAAUUAUUUUACAUUACUUUUUUGUGUUUUUUUUUUAAGCACCCUGCAGAAACCUUGUUUCAGUUGUUACCCGGCAUUACAUUAUUUGAAAAGAUACUUACCUAACCUAAGUACUGUGUGAUAGGUAGUUCUGGUCAGAGUGAAUGGUACUUCUGUUUUUGUAAUGUAUCGCAUGGGUUGGAUUUAAUUUGGUUUAAUUGCACUAAAUGUUUGAUUUAAAGCAGUCCUCUCUGUGCUUUGUCAUCAUCAGUUGUUGUCACCAUUCUGUGUUUCUGUCAACUCUGUGUUCUCUGUGUUCAUAGUGUCAACUGUCAGUCUGUAUUUUGUCUGCUGUGCUCUGUCUUGUCGUCUGUGUAUGUAAUCACUGUUUUGUAUUAGAAGUGUUGUAUUUGAGAGUUGAUUGUAGGUGGAUCAGGUGGUUCAGGUAUGUUGGAGUAUUUUUCAUUGGGAGCAGUGAGAGUGAGGCUGGUCUGUGUAUAAAGGUCAGGGUAACUUUAGAAGGUCAAAAUGUUGACUUAAGUUUAAUUGCUUUGUGUUUGCAUGACUUCUUUCAGUGAGCUGGUGUAAGGCUAACUUGAACAGCAAAUGAACUAUGUUCUUGUGAUGCUGAAUUCAGUUUGAUAUUACACUUUUAUACAUUACAGGGAUUCUACUGAGACUUUAAUGUUUUGUAUUUUACCUUUGGUUUCAGUUGAAUGUAAGCAAUGUAUGUGUCUGUGAUUAAUUAACCCAUUCACAAAGCUCCCAUUCCUCUCUGAUCCAAAUAAAUAAUACUUGACCUGU